AUGACAUCCCCAACCGGCCACGACAUUGUGACUCGCGCCCUGCAAGGCUACCGGCGACUGGCCCCAUCCAGCGCGGACAAGCGCCAACCUGUCACGCUGGAGAUGAUGCGGCACCUGAAGGACGCCAUCCGCUCCAGUAGCAUGCCCCACCACGAACAGUCAUUGUAUUGGGCAACUUUCACCCUCAUGUACUUUGGCUACCUUCGCGUCGGAGAAGUAACGUGCCCCGCUACCAAUCGCUACGAUCCGCGGCGCACUCUGAUGUCAACAGACGUGCAGGACCAAGAUAGCCGAGUCACCAUCCAAUUAAAAGUCACGAAGACCGAUCCAACCGGUCAGGGCCACUCCGUAGCGCUGACGGCGACCGGUCGUUCCGUGUGUCCCGUGCAGGCCUACCGGAAGUAUAUGGCUUUUGCUCAGUUCAACCCGACAGCUGAAGCACGGCCGCUCCUCAUCCAUCAGGACGGCAGAUACCUGACCAGGCGCUCCGUGGAAGCCUGCCUCCAUCGUCUCCUGGAGGGGCACCCGGACCAGCUCCGAAUUAACACCCACAGCUUCCGCAUCGGCGCGGCAACCACCGCCGCAGGCAACAACGUGCCAGACCGCGUGAUCCAGCGCGCAGGGCGAUGGAAAAGCAACUGUUACACGCGCUACAUCCGGACGCCGGCCCCCACCACGCUGAAUCCCUACUCCAACGGGUAA